AUGUUGUCAGAAGCUAGUGAUCAGACUUCAUCAAAUACAUCAUCAUCAACUAUUGCUGGAAAUAACAUUAUCAACUUACCAAUUGUUCCUUUUUUCAAGAGUGAAACAACGCAUCUACACAUCCGAAGUGAACUACCGCAACGAAAGAAAAUGUUUGGUGGUUCAGAUGAUUCAAGCCCCAAGCAAUUUUUGGAAUCGUCCGUGACCUCACAGAGGUUGAAAAUUGUUCACGGUAGCACACCUACACCAGAAGGUACAACGGUCGAUCGAACUUUUGGUGUUGUUGGGUCAAAGUGGGGAGGUAAAACUACAUUUCUAAGUCAUCUACGACAGUUAUAUGGAAAAAAGUAUUCAAUAAUUGAUAAGGCAUCACUUGGGGAUCGAAUAAGAGGAUCUAUUCUGAAAUCCUUUGUAAAUUUAUUGGGAGCAACAAAUUAUUUUUUGGAACAGGAAGAAUUUUUGGUUGAGAAUCAGGAAAGAGUUACUGAAUAUUUACUGAACUACAAGUUUACGAAAGAACUCAAGAGUAGUCAUAUCAGCACAGCAACAAAUCCAGAACCACGGAGUAAGAUUGAUGAAAUGAGACAAUUGAAAUUAGCCUUAAAAAAUAUACCCCUGUCAUCUACAGAGUUUAACGACAUCAAGAGCGAAGUGAUAGAGUAUUUUGAGUCUCAAAAGGCAGAUUUACAUAGUUUAGGUUAA